AUGGAUCAACCUCCAGCUACCACAUCCAGUGGAACAGCUUCAGUUUACCCUGAAUGGCCCAGCUUUCAGGCCUACUCAGCAAUUCCACCACAUGGGUUCUUCCCCCCUACCGUUGCUGCAAAUCCACAGGCCCAUCCGUACAUGUGGGGAGCUCAGCCCAUGGUGCCACCUUACGGGACGCCACCACCACCUUAUGUGAUGUAUCCACCUGGAACAGUAUAUGCCCAUCCCUCUACACCUCCUACUAUGCAUCCAUUUAGUCAUUAUCCUAUGCCAACAAAUGGACAUGCUGAAACUUCUGGAGCUGCGCCAAGUGCUCCAGAAAUGAAUGGGAAAAGUGAGCCUGGCAGAACAUCUGCUCCAUCAGCCAAUGGGAUUACUUCCCACAGUGAGAGUGGAAGUGAGAGUGAGAGUGAAGGAAGUGAUGCCAAUUCUCAAAAUGAUUCACACUCAAAGGACAAUGAUGGAAAGGAAGAUGGCAACUCUCAGAAUGGCAUAUCUUAUUCAGCAUCACAAGGAAUGUUAAACCAAACCAUGGCGAUGCUUCCAGUACAACCGGGUGCAAUGGUUGGAGGAGUUCCUAGCUCCACAGCUAACUUGAAUAUUGGAAUGGACUACUGGGCAGCUCCAGGUUCUGCAGCUGUCCCUGCAACACAUGGCAAAGCACCAGCUGGUUCAGCACGAGGAGACCAAUGGGAUGAAAGGGAACUCAAGAAGCAAAAGCGAAAGCAGUCUAAUAGAGAAUCAGCACGCAGAUCCCGGCUGCGCAAGCAGGCUGAGUGCGAGGAGCUUGGGCAACGUGCUGAAGCUUUGAGGUCGGAGAACUCCUCUCUCAGGGCCGAGCUUGAGCGGAUCAGAAAGGAGUAUGAACAGCUACUUUCACAGAAUGCUUCCCUCAAGUUCAGUGUUGGUAUGGUAUUUGCAGGAAAAGCUGGGGCCACCAGUGAUUCGAUUCCUGAUAUGAAUGAAAAGAACGACGGCGACGGCAGCUACAAGAAGCAACCUGAUUCCGAUGCCCAGUCUUGA